GAACACCAAUUACGUAGCGGAUAAUUAUGGACUUGAAUUAGGAUUUGUCCAAAUUAUUAUUCUACACUAGUAUUUUUAUGUUACAUUUAUUUUUAACAAUUAUAAACUAUUACAGAUCCGAUUGGAUAACAAUAUGUCAUUAAUCACGUGUGUUAAUCGUUCAACUCGUUAAACAGAAGUAAUACUGUGUCUUUUGUCUCUCGAACAAUGAAGUUAUUAGCCAUGCGAUUCAAUAAUUGGUGGGUUGAGAGUAAUGGAAAGAAUCAUUGGCUAAAAGUGCAGUUGAUGGAUUUCCAAUAAAAACAUAAAAAGAACUAUAUGAAAUUGAGAGUUCAUAGAAAUUCAAUUUGAUGUUACUGUUCUGAAGGAAACCAAUAAUACAAAAGACUUGUACAAUGGUAUGUAGUGCCAUAACCCAAUUACAUUUAAUAUGGACAGAAGUUGGAUACGAUAAAGAAAAUCAGUUAGCUUAUACUAAUGCGGCACUUGAUCACAUACAGGAAUUAUUAACCGAUAUGGUGUCAGAGUCUGAGGAUAAGAAAAGAUUAUUAUUGGAAGAAUCUAAACAAUUAAUGCAAAAUACAUCUAUUCUAUGUAAAGAAUUAAAAGAAACUAUUGAUACGAGUGGAUAUGAGAAGCUACCACUAUUCAAAUUACAACAAGUACUUCAACAUGAUAUGGAAAGGCUGUUGCGUAUAAAAGAACAACGUAAAACAUAUUUAAAUGAAUUAUUAACUAAGGAAAAUGAAAUAUGCAAACGGCUAGGUGUACAGCCAAUAGGAAUUGAAUCUAAACUUCCGACCGAAGAAGAAUUAGAUAACUUUAAGUUAUAUAUACAUAAACAGGAAGAAGAAAAGGAUCGUAUAGAAAAUGAGUUUAAAAAUAAAUAUAAUACCAUCACCAAAAUAGUGCAAGAUCUAGGAAUUAGUCCAUCUUCUAAUUUUGAAGAAACAGUAUGUAAUAAUUCAGAAAAUUUUAUACUUAAUGCUGCCAACAUGGCGAUGUUAAAGGAUUUUCAUGAAAAAUUAGAAAAACAAUUAAAAAGUGCAAAAGAGGAAGUUGAGAAUAAAAAGGAAGAAUUAUUAGCUCUAUGGGGAACCCUGGAUGAACCUAAUGAUUUUUGUCAUGCAUUUUUAGACAAUUAUCCGGGGUACAGUCAAGCUACUAUAAAAGCGAUAAAUGCAGAAAUCAGCCGAUGUAAAGAAAGAGCACAUAUUGCGAAAUAUGUGAAUAGAGUACGARCCGAAUUAGUUAACAUGUGGGAUUUAUGUAAAUACGGUGAAUCUCAACGAAAUAAAUUUACUGCAUUUUAUUCUCGUACGUACACAAAAGAUUUAUUAACUUUACACGAGCUAGAAGUUGAUAAAGUUCGCAAAUAUUAUGAAACAAACAAAGUUAUAUUUAAUUUAUUGGAAGAGAGAGAGAAGCUCUGGACGAAAAUGAAAGAAUUAGAACAUCGCGCCAAUAAUCCAGAUCGAUUAAAUAAUCGAGGAGGUCAACUGCUGGCAGAAGAAAAAGAACGCAAAGUUAUACAAAAGAAAUUACCUAAAAUUGAAAGUCAGUUGCAUAAUUUGGUAGAAGAAUACGAAACGAGACACGGGGAAACGUUUUAUGUUAAUGGUGUUUCCUUAGGAGAAUUCUUAGCGCUAUCAUGGGCUUAUCGUGAUAUUGAAAAGGAGAGUAAAAAGAAUGCAAGGAAAGAGGCAAAAGACAAGAGCGCGAAAAAAGCAAAUGUAACCAAACGUACGCCAACAGCCUCGACUAGUCGUAUCCUAACUCCUUUGUGUACUUCAACCAAAAGGAAAUUAAUAUUUGGUUCUACGCCUAAUAGUUCAGCCAAACGGCGUAAUGUUGGAAAUGAUAAAGUACGUAGUGUCACGUAUGCUUCAAAAAUUCGUAGAAGCGGAAAAAUCUCUAGACGAGCUUUAUCCGAGAACAAAAAACGAAGAAGCGAUCAGAGAAAAUCCAGAUCGUCAUCGCAGAACUUAGAUACAGAUGAAACGACUUAUGGACAAUUUCAAGCACAUUUGAAGGAGAGUGUAGAAUUGCGUAGCUCUGUGUUAACCGACCAUUCGCUAAGCGCUAAAUGUAUUUUAAAGACUCCGAAACGUAUACACGUUAAGCCCUUAAAAAGGAAAUUAUACAAUGUAAACACAUCAUCCAAUGCAACAUCCAAAUUAUUACAAUCGACUCGAAAUUCUCCACGCUGUCCUAGGUCAGAUCAUACUUCGAAACUUGCAACUGCGCCGAAUGUGCUUCCUAUUAUUUUUUGAUAGAUUAUUUUCUUCGUUUAGAUGUCUUUUUUAAUUAUUUGGUUAUUCAUUGAUGUUUUUAUAUAUUAUUUUCAAAAAUUUAUAUAGAAUAAUAUGUAUUAUGCUGUAUAUAUAGAAGGUAGAGACGAAAAGAAUUCAAAGUUGAGAUAGAAAUGCUAUUUUUGUUUAUUGAGAAGAGAUGUAUGUAUGCUAAGUAGGUGGUAAGUUUCGUAUUUGAAAUUUUUAUAUAAAUAUUAUAGUCUUUAUUUGUUUCAGAUACUUGAAAUGUAUAUAUUUAUUUUAUGAAACAUUUGUUCGAAAAAUAACAAUGAUCGGCUAUUUUAACUAUUGUGAUAAUAUAUAUGAUGUAAUAUUUUGUUUAUACCAAAAAUAACUCGUAAUAUAUUAUUAUUUGUUAUAACAUUUAAUAUUUGUGUACAAAUUAAUUUAUGAUAUGAGAGUAUAUUUAAUUGUAAUAAAUUACUAGAAGUUAUGACGUAAUUAUUAUUACCUCAUGAAAUUUUUGAUAGUAAUAAUACGAUAAUGAUGGUGAAAUUGUUAGUAUGGUAAAUAACAUUCUCCUGCUACCACUUUUUUUGAAAUUAACACACUAUCGCAGAAUUAGUGCGAACGUUACUCAUUCGCAUGAGUACUAUUAGGGUGAAUCAAAAGUUCGUGCGUUUAUUGUGUUGUUUCAGAUAAUACAAUUUUUUGAAGUCAAUAAAAUUACCUUAUAUGCAAGUGU